CACAGUCGGCACGGAUCGGACGAAUCGUCGGGGAAAAAGCUAUAACGUAACGCAACUGAAACCGAAACCAAAUCCGAAAAGCCGUCAUUAGCUUUUCGUAGACGAAGUCGUAGUCGUAGUCUCGCCGUUGCAAAUGUGUCGCACAAGAUCGCUGCGUGUCGCGCUCAAUUAAACACACUUCUGUUUUACUCGGUUCUUUUUUUUCACAUAUAUAUUUUUUUUUGCACUCCAUUAUUAUUUAUUUUUAAUUGUUUAAUAACAACAACAGCGGCAGCAGAAGCAGAAGCAGCCCUGAGUGAGAAGCGAGAAAAUAAGUAAAGUGCGAAAAGUGAAGUGCGAGUGAAGUGAUCGUGAUCGCGAUUUCGAUUGGAGGAGCAGGCAGCAGCUACGAAAGAAGCGCCGUUCCUUGGAUGCUACGGGAGAAGCUCUAUCUCUACGGUUCUCUGGAGUGGACAUUGCACAGUGCGAACGUGCUAGACCCUCGGAUCGUCGAGACCGGGUUCAGUGUCCAGGCAGGCGGCACCUGUCGCCCCAAAACGCAAAUGGUGGACGUUAAUUAAAUGUCAACAGAUGCCAAAGGCGGGCCCAGAAGAGGAAGAAGAUCCCAAUGAAUUGGAGUCGAAUAAAUCAUAAAAAAAGACUUGGAGACAGAACAAGACAAGACUCAAGACUCAACUUUCAACGACAUCAAAAACAAUAAGGAGCUGAAAUAAAGAUUCAGGAAAAAUGGUUAAUGCAGUGAUGGAUGCCAUAGCGCUGCUCAGCUCGCUGGCCAGUGAUCUGGACAUAAUGCUUAAUGAUCUACGAUCGGCGCCAAGUCAUAAUGCCACAACAACAACAACAACAGCAGGAACAGUGGGGGCGAUAAUGACAGAAAAUCCACAGCCAAUGCUGCAUCAUCAUCAGCAUCUUGAGAUGCAACAGCCACAGCAACUCCAGGCAGCGAGGCAUCACCACCACCACCAUAACAACAACAACAACAACAAGAGUAUCAAUUACAAUAAUAAUCUAAAUAAAAACAACAAUAAUAACAAACAUAAUCCUCAACCCUUUGGGUUGAUGGACAUCAAAUUAAAGUCCGUAAGAUCGGCGGCCACAACAGUUACUGCAACGGCUGCAUCUUCCAUAUCGAGUUCGAUAUCCUCCACAACGAAUCAAGUGCAGCUGCGUCGACGCAUUGCUCCAAAGCCUUUGCCACGUCCACCCCGACGCAGUCGUCCGCUGGAGAAGAAGCAAAGGGAGCAGCAGCAGCAGCAGCUGGAGGAUGAGGAUGGUGACACGGAUGCCAGUGAUUUGGCCAAUAGGACAUCGCCGCUAAGUGCUAGUGCAGCGGCCACAAGGAUUGCCGGGCUUUCACCGGAAGUGAAAAAAGUGCAAAGGCUGCCGCUAUGGAAUGCUCGAAACGGAAACGGAAAUGGAAAUGGAAAUGGUAGUGGUGGUAGCAGCAACGCCCACCUGCAGCGUCGAAUGCCAACUCAAGGUCAUCAGCAGCAGCAACGAUUCCAUCAUCAGCGAUUUCAAAUGGGAACCAGCGAACCGCUACCCUCUGUAGGCGCCACCACGGCCUCGUCCUUGGAGGCAGCCUCUUCUGUGGACUCCGCCAUCAGCAAGACCAUCAAUAACAACAUCCAUCACAAUGGCGACCAAUCACAGCCACAGAAAUCUCAACUACAGCAGCAGCACCAGCAGCUGAGUGUCCUGGCCAGGGCCAAUCUCCAUAAUAAUAAUAAUAACAACAACAAGAAUCCGAAUAGCCAGAACGGAGUGGCCAGCUCCAUGACAUCCGCCUCGAAUGUGGUGAAUCAAAACCAAAGCCAGAAUGGCGAUAGCCGCCGUAGCAGCACCCUCGAUCCAGAUGCGGAUACGGACGAUGUGGUGGAUAUGGCACACAAUGGAGGAGGAGCCUUUGAGGAUGAUAUGGAGGCCUUGUUGCCCAAGUGCUCGCGUCGCUCAAGGGAUGAGCUCAGUCAGUCUCGCACAUCCCUAGUGUCCAGUUCCGAGGGCGGCAUCCUAGCCGAGGGCGAAACAUCCAGCGAGGAUGGCGAAGAAGAAGAACCCGUGGAGGCCGAGGAUGAGGAUGAGGGCGGUGGUGAGAGUAGCCGUGACGAUUCCAGUGACAAUUCACCGCCCUGCGAUCUGGGACUGAUGGAGCGCCUGCUGCUCACCCAUCCGAUGUGGUUUCUGCCAGGCAUCCAGCGUUCCGGGGCCGUGCAUUUGCUUCAAGGCAAAGAGGAAGGGACCUUCAUAGUUCGCGGUUCCAGCCAGCCCAAUACCAUGGCCGUUUCGGUGCGUUUGCCCCAGGACACGGGCCCCUACAUCGAACACUAUCUCAUCCAGUCGCACGACAAUGUCCUCAGCUUGGAGAGCUCCCGGUUUACCUUUGGCUCGAUACCCUCGCUGAUUGCCCACUAUGCCCAGUGCUGCGAUGAGCUGCCCGUGCAGCUGAUGCUGCCGAGAGUCCUCCGCGAGGCCAACAAUCGGAAGAAACUCUCCUCGCUGGCUUUGCUGGGUCAGGAGUUUUGGAGCUAUGCCAGUAGUCCAGCUCUUUUGGGACCACCUACGCCCACGGUGGCGCCUUCGUUGCGGGAUCAGCACUUGCCGGACGCCAAGUCACCACUCUCGUUGACAGAGACCAGUGGUCUGGGCACGGCCACAUUCUUUAGUGAUGCUUUGUCCAAGCCACCGCCCACGGGAAGUGCUCCUCCGUUGCCUGGUAGUGGAGGAACCAACAGCCUCUUUAGUCCCACUGGCAGUGGCCAGCUGUUGGGCUUCUUCAGCCAGGCGGGCACGCCCUCGGACACCACCAACUCCAGCUUGAGUUCGUUUACCACCAGUGGAGGGCAGCAUUUGCAGCUGCUGAGUCCCAAUUCGGUGGAUUCGGUUAUAUUGACCAUGUCGCCGGUGGAUAAUCCAGGACAGCAUUAUUUGCCAGGCUCUGGUUCGGGUUCAGGCUCCAUAGGACCGCCGCCGCCGGUAAGCGACCAACAGCAGCAGCAGCAGCAGCAGCAGUUGAGUACCUUCAAGGUGGUCCAGGCUUUGCCAGAAGUGGAGCAAGUGCGUCCCCAGCGACCCAAGCCGCCAAAUACUUUGAAUCUCAAGCCGCCGGCACCGCCAAUGCGCUGGUCCAAGCCACAUUCCCCAGAUCAGAAUGGUAAUGGCAACUUUACGGUCACCACCACCGUGACCUUUUCCAUGGAGAAUGGUGUGGGAGGAGGAACACCCAUUGCAGGAGGAGGAGUAGGAGGACAACAAACAGGAGGCAAAUUUGUGGAGGUGACCACGCCGGCGUCUAGUAAUCCCUUUAAUGCUUUGCUCAAUGGCCAGGCCACCACUUUCCAGACCUUUGCCAAACGUUUAUCGCCGGAAGGUGAAUGCAAGGACACAUUGUCCUCGCAGGGAUCCUCCUCCAAUGACAGUCGCUGGCCAACGCAGCGUAAAUUACUCGCCGCCUCACCGCUCACGCCCAGCGGUAGUGGCAGUGGCAGUAAAUCUCGUAAAUCCCGAGCUGGCAAGGAGUCACAGCACUACAAGGAAUCGGAUAUCCUGGAGAGCCCACCUUUGCAGUACUGUGCCAGUGCAUUGAGCGACAAGAUCAGUGACUAUGAGGAUGUAUGGUCGCAUGAUCCCAGCGACAGGGCCAGCCUAUUGACCAGCUUUCGGCCAGCUUUGGACUCUGUGGGGGGCGUCAUUAACCGCAGGCCGGAUCUGCUGGCAGAGACACCAACCACACCCACACCAGCCUCACAUUUGUCCCCCUGCGAGGAGGAAGCCGCCGCCACCGCUGCUACAGCCAUCACCCCGUCGCCGCCGCCGCCGCCUCAUGAGAGCUCCAGCCAACUCCUGCAAUUCUCAGGCGAUGCCCAGCCCCGCUCUCGAGCUGGCCUGCUGCUGCUCAACCAAUCCCUUACAACCGCUGCCGCUGUGGAAGAUGAUGGUGGUGAUACCACACCCACAGCCGAAGGCGGCAGCGGUUCACGCAGCAAACAAGGCAGCCCCUUUUAUGCUGAACCAGCGGAUGCACUACGUCAGGCAGGCCUGACCAGUGCAGCCACUGCUAUUUUAAGGCGUCAGCAUCGCAGCCAAGUUUUGCAUGCCAGCCAGCGACAUUCAGAGCCACUGAAAGGUGGCUUUGUGGCCACUGGGAAUGGCAACCUAAUGCAGCCCAGCGAUUUGGAGAAGCUUACCAGCAGUCUGGAUGAGUUAAAACCCAAGCCAAAGGCUAACCAGGAGCAACAGCAUCAACACCAACAGCAACAGCAGCAGCCCACCAAGCGUGCCAGAAAUCGCAUUGAUCACUGGCAACUGGACAGCAGCUGGGAAUUUAUGGGCAAGCAGCAGCAGGACACUGUGACUGGUGACUAUGAUGCGGCGGCCAUUGACUGGCAGGAGAAGGAGAACUCCCUGGGCAGGGAUAGUCGAGAUCAAAGCAAAAAGCGUACGCUUACCAUACAUCAGAUUAUAGCCAAGCGAUUGCCUGAUCUCAAUCUGCCAGAGCUUGUGCGCUGCUCGACGCCUCUUCAAGUGGCUGCUCCAUUGCAGCCGCUGGAGAAUGGCAGCCAAAAGUCAUUCCAAAGCCAAAAUGGCUGCCGACUCUCCUCCUAUGACAAUGUCUUUUGCCAGAACUCGUUUAGCGGCGGCAUCGAUUCGGCCCAAUCGGAUGAUGGAACCAUUUUCUCAGAGCCCUGGGAUUCAUCUCAGUGGGACUCUUUUCUGCCACAUGAUGAUGCCACCAUCAACUCGGACACUAUUCAUUUGUCGAAAUGCCGACCCGCUCUCUCGGAGGAUGACACCAUUGUGGAGGAACUGCAAAGCACCAAAGAUGGCAGUAGCAGCAACCAGGACACGCUCAAGGCCAAUAGGAAUGCAGGUGGUGGUGCUGGACACCAUCACAAUCUCAAUCACAAUAACAAGGCCAGCAACAGUCGGCCCAAAGUGGCCACCAUACUGAGGAAUCCCAGCAUGCGAGAUCGUGAAGUUUUAUGUCACCCCCGCAACAAGAUGAAUAUCCAAAGCAGCGGCCCCGGCGACUCCCUGCGCGCCUACACCCUCCAGCUGGCCCAGGAUCCCAACUCUACGUUUGCCCGCAACAUCGAAAACUUUAUCUGCUGCACCAAGGAAUCCCGCGAGGCGGCACCCCAGGUGGUCAUGCGCAAUAUGCGCCAGUUUAUGAGCGGCAUGAAGAACUAUCUGGUGAAGCAUGGCGAGGGCAAGUUCCAUGCCGAACUCGAGUCGGCCAGGUCACGGCUCAAGGCGGACGAGUUCCUCAAUCUGGACAGCAUGCUGGAGACGGUGAUGCAUCAGCUGGUGGUGCUGCCGCUGCGCGAACAUCUCUAUGGCAUCUUUGUGGAUCACUAUCAGCGCAGCGAGGACAUUCAGCUGUUGGCCCAAAAUGUACGCUAUGCCUGCGACCGGGAGGCAGCCGACUUUGGCAUACGCCCGACGGUAACCCCGCCCUCCCAUGCCGCCCUGCGUUUGAUCUCCAAUCUGCUGUUGCGCCUGCAAGAGGCCGAACUGCCGCUGGACAAGCUGGAGCUAUUCCUGUGCGUCAUCUCGACGGUGUUCGAUGCCACCGGCUGUCCGCGUGGCCAGCAACUGGGCGCCGAUGAUUUCCUGCCCGUCCUGGUCUAUGUGGUGGCCAAGUGUGGCUUUGUUGGUGCCGAAAUCGAGGCGGAGUUCAUGUGGGGCCUGCUGCAGCCGACGCUGCUGAACGGAGAGCCGGGCUACUACCUCACCGCCCUCUGCAGUGCCGUUCAGGUGCUGAAGACGUUUAUGGCCUCGGAGGGGGAGAGCGGCAAUGGAUCCCUGGAUUGGCGCUCCAGCUGCCUGCCCGCCUGCUCCAGUGUGCUGCGCGUCAUCAUACCCGACGAGUGCAAUGGAUCCCUGCAGACGCGGACGCUGCCUGUGCGGCCGCACACUACCACAAGGGAGGUGUGCCGGAUUAUAGCGCACAAGGCGCGUAUCACAAAUCCCCAGGACUAUGCACUCUUUAAGCUUGUGGAUGGCGAGGAGACGCUGCUAACGGAUGCCGAGUGUCCGCAGGAUGCCCGUUUGGCCGCCAAGGGGAAGCAUUGCAUGCUGGCGUACAAGCGGAUCGAUGCAAAGAUUGCCUGGCCCACAGCACAACCAGCGAGUCACUGAGUCACACACAGCCCCCCGGCCUCCCUGCCCCCCUGCCCUUCUUGCUCACUAACAAACAAGCAUAUUUGAUUAAUAAUUUAUUAUUAUUACAUUAAAAUAUACUUAGUAGCCUGUAAGUAAAGCUAAUUAAUGCUAAUUAGAAAACAUCUAAUGUGUACUAAAACAUCAGUAUUGAGUUAAGUGAAGUGUUUUUUUUUUUUUCCCCCUUCUUCUUCCCCCACAUUUUUUUUAAUGCUAUAUAUUAGCAUAUAUGCGAAUAAUACAUAUACACAUACGAUAUAUACGAUAUAUAAACAACUAGCGAGUAGAGAGAGAGAGAGAGAGAUGUCCUGCACAAAGGAUUAAGUGGAGACCAAAAGCACAGUUCAACCAACCAACCAACAAUCAAUCAAUCAAUCAUUCAAUCAGCGACCGUGAGGACCACAUCAAGAACACCACACAAAAAGGCAUUUAAGAGUGACUGUGUGUGUGAAUGGGUUUCGUGUUUGUUUCAAAAAACGAAGAAGCUAAACCAUAUUAUAUUAAAAUAUUAACCAUUACAUUUUAAUAUUUAUGUAAACACUAAACCCUGCUAUCAGCCCUUGAAAUAUCCAUAAAUGCAUACAUCUAUAUUUUUUUUUAUAUUGUAUACUUUGUAAAAUAUGUGACACGUAAUCCAAAUAGCAAACAAAUAAAUAAAUAACCAAAAUAAA